ACUUCUUCAGUUCUAUGCUUUCGAGAACAUUAAUCAAAAGAACCCGUGGGGUGCGGUAUUCGAGCACGAAACCUAUCAUACUGUUUAUUCCCAAUGAGAACAUAUACCGCUUCGAAGGCGAAACGCUAACGCCCGAGCAGAACCAAGCAGCUAUACCUAAAAGGCCAACGACGUUUGCGGUCCCCAAGAUCCACCAUGAAAUGUUAAGCCCUGAAUACGUGGCAGAUUUAGUGGUGAAACCUGACUUCAACGAUCUUUUCUUCACCAGCUUGAGUCAAGAUUCGCCCUUUUCCGGCGACAAGCUGUACAAAGUGAUUCCCAAAUCACCUAACCAGAGUCCACAAUCGGUUAACCUACUUUUUGGUGAAAUAACCACCAAGUACAUUCAGGUGUACAACAGCCAGACGUAUAAGUUAAAGCAAGUCCCAGAGAAUAUCACGCUGUCGCCGUUGAACACAAAGGUUGAACUCAACAUUCAAAGGGCGCUUAUUGACUAUAUGAAAAGUGUUAAACUAGAUAAAAUCAGUAGCCGUGACCAGUUAUAUGAACUUGGAAGCAGGCUUAAGGUGUUCGAAAACACACGGAAGCUAAAUCAAGGGAAGAUAGACUUGAGUGGUACAAACGAGAUGGUGACAGUGGAAGGUGUUUGUAUCUACCUUUUGGACAAAGGCAGAGACAAAGUCAGUGAAAUGGCAGUAGUGGAGUUCGUUAAGGAAAACCUUCUGUCGAUGACGAUCAGCUCGACAAUAGGUGUUACAGAGGCCAUAGUAAAGGCAUUAAAGGUGUCCCCAAGUCUGAGCAAGCUUCUUGAUCUAAUUGUUCAAGACAUCAUUCCCAAUAGCCCAGAAAGUAUAUUGCGACUCCAUCCAAGUGUGCUCAACGACUUUGUAGAGAUAUUGGCAUCCAAUGGGUUUAUCACAGAGGCCUCCAAAUGCUUGAAGGUGGUCAUAGUAAAACAACAAAUGGAACCAAGCGUUAAUGCUCUUGAGGCGUACUUAAAUGCGUACGUUUCCCUGGACGUUGAUCGGUUACUGUUUGUCAGAUACAAUAGUUUCUUAAAAGGUGUCAUCACAUCUUUGCCUCUUACUCCUGUGAUAGCCAAAAUCAUUUUGGACAAGGCAGUUGGACACUCGUACGAAUUGGAAGCGUUUGUCAAGAUACUAAGCACGGAAUCAAAUGUGAGGGUGUUAAAAGAGCUUUCGCCGGACAUCAUCAACAAAUAUAUUGAGAUCGAAAAGGAUAACCAAGACGUGAACCAACAGGUCAAAGUGGCCAGACUUGUGCUGCUUAUCUCGAACUUGAAAAGCAAGGGGUUGGAGUUGUCACAAAUCAAGGAAUCGGUUGGAGGUUUUUUUUCGCAGCUGGAUUACGCUAGGAACAUAGAGUCUCUUUCAUAAAUUUGUACAUAAUAUAGACGGCUCGAGAGCCAAAAAGUUCGUUAUAUCGUUAUGGUGGUCGUCAAGUCAUUUGUUGUAAUUGCAGUCAAGGUGCUUGCCCUAGGAACUCUUCAGUCUUGGUCAUACUGUUCAUUCCUGUCUCGAUUUGCGUUAGAAAUCCCGUUGAGCUGGCUCGAAUUUACCGAAGUCUCAUCAUCUCUGUUUGUCAUCGGUGUGUGCCUUCUCCAGCUGUUGGUAUUGCUUUGUUGAGACUGGUUGUGGAACUCGCGGUCUCCAUAGUUACUGUAGAACCCGUUUGUGUAGACGUAAAAGCCGUCGUCACUAGCAGAGUCAUCAGACACACGUGACCUAAAGCUCUUGGGCCUUCUCAUGUCAUCAUUGGCGUAGUAGUAUUCUUCUUCCAAGUGCCUUCUGGAAAAAACCGUUCUUCGAGUCCAACACAUCAAGGUUGUAGCUAUGGACUGAAACACAAUAGGAACAAUCUGGAUCCAACCAAGGUAGCUCAAAUGCGGCACAAAGAGAAUGAUAUCCGAGAGAAGUCCAAGCAACGAAAACAAACACGAAAACAUCGACAUCACCAACUGGAAGUUCAAUUGUAUAGUUACAUUGGCAGGAAUAAUUGUUUUCUCGUCGUUUCGGGUCAGCACUUUAGCGACGGUCUCGAGGUCACCUGAUUCCGAAGAUGAUUCUUGGGCUACUGAAGCCCGGUGCUUGGCGUUCACCGACCACACAAAUAAAAGCGUACAGAGUGUACACAAUAGCACCAUUCCUGACAGAGCAAAUGCUAAAACAUGCACCACCAACAACUUCGAGAUGCUGUAUCGCGCAUUGGAUGGCAACUGGAUCGCACUUUCACUGAGGCCCUGGAAUUUGCGCUGUGAGUCGUAGCCAAUUCGUGCUGAUGAACAUAUAUCACUACCAAGGUCGCAGACCCCAAAUACUCCAAACACCACUCCUUGGUACUUGGCCAAGUGGAGACUAUAGCCUAUGGACUUGCCUGUGAUGGGAACUGAGAGCACCACAAGUAGCUGCACCACCAUGCUUACCAAGCUCAAUAGUGCCAGAGUCAAUAGUGUUUUAAUCAUUGAUAGUAAGGAAUGAUGGAACCGAUUU